CACAGUUCCCCGCGCGCAGACAAGAUGGAGGAACGCAGCAGCUACGGGAGAACAAUGUUUGGACUCUGAAGAUUAAAACAAACGUCCGUGGGGGGGAAAUACGCGUAGAGAGAGCAAACGGUGGACAUGCACUGGAUGAGUGAGGUGGCCUUGCAUUGAAGUGGACCCCAUCACCCCUUGUUACUGCAUUGACAUCGGUGUGAUAAAUCUCUGAGCCACCAUGAGCCUGAUCCAGGAUAAACUUGGCAACGAGUUUCUCCGCUCCAAUGGUGGCAUGGAGUCAAGUUUUGGUCCGAGCAUGCUCAUGUUCAGCCAUCUUCCCCCUGUUACCAGCUUCACCCGCCUGGCCAGUCAAACGGUUAUGGCUGACCUGCAGCCCCACGAGAUGAUCCUCAAGAAGGAGCGAGACUCGCCGGACUGUGGUGGAGGGCUUAAUGCUGGAGGCAUGGGUGGUGGAGGUUGCAUCGGGGGGAUGAUGGGAGGUGUGGGCGAUUAUGUUCAUGCCAUGGGCAUUAAACAGGAGAAGAUUUCUGAACACGAUUACAGAUUGCCCCUCUACCCGGGGGGUGGAGCCGGAGCUGGAGUACGAAGUGGAGGGGAGUUACUGGAGGUGUCGCUGGGCAACCAUCAGAACCUGGUGGUGCAUGACCUCAGCCUGGGAAACCUGGCAGGACGGCUGGUAAAAGAAUCCUCAGGGAAGAAAGGUCGAAGGUCAAAUGGUGAGGGACAAGAAAGCAAGACACGGAGGAAACGAGGAGAGUCGAAGUCUAUGAUGCUGGAUCCAGAUGGAGGUAGCUUUUCUCCAAACUCCAAACCGCACAUCUGUGAGCACUGCAAUGCAGCUUUCAGGAGCUCCUAUCAUUUACGCAGACACAUACUUAUACACACAGGUGAGAGGCCUUUCCGCUGUACUCAAUGUAACAUGAGCUUCAUUCAGAAAUACCUCUUACAGAGACACGAGAAGAUUCACAGUGGAGAGAAGCCAUUCAGCUGUGAUCAGUGCAACAUGCGUUUCAUUCAGAAGUAUCACAUGGAAAGACACAAAAGAACACAUAGUGGAGAAAAGCCAUACAAGUGUGAUACCUGCCAACAGUAUUUUUCCAGAACGGACCGGUUGCUGAAGCACAAGCGGACAUGUGGAGAUGCCAUAAAAAAGGGCUUGGACGGGGCGGAGGAUGAGUUGGGUGCAGCAGGUGAAGGAGACCAUGGCAGCUAUGGAAUCACUCAGGGAAACGUGGCCACACCUGGCCGCAAACGAGGCAAGUCAAAAAAUCCUGGAGAGGGGGGUGAGCGCAAACGUAAGAAGUCAGCCGUGGCUGUGGGGGCAUCACACAGUCAGGGGGUUGAGGGCUUUGCUCUUCAUGAUUUCAGCUCAGUUGGCAACCAUGGUGUAUCAACUACAUCAUCUUCUGCCCAGCAAAGCCCCAGCAUGCAUGUGGAACACAGCCGGGCUCCCAAGAUGGCCUUCAAGAAGGGGAACAAGAAGUCCUUAGAAAAGACUACUCACCCCAUGAAUCAAUCCAAGCCAGGGAGCCUGGAUUUGCCUGGGGGAGGAGGCUUGGACACCCUUGGGCUUCUUCCGGGGCCUGUGGCCAAAGUGGGCCCCAACAGCAGUAACUAUGAUGAUGCCAUGCAGUUUCUGAAGAAGAGGCGAUACCUCCAUGCAGCAAACAAUGGAGGUGCAGGCACUGGAGUGUCAGACUACGACGUAGGCAUCAGUCAUCUGCAGUCACAACCGACGGUCAUUCAGGGUGUCGUUUCUGGGGUUCUGGAUGGUGAUGCCGCACUGGGGCUUCUGGACUCCUCUCCUCUUGGAGAUAUCAAACAGGACAAAUCUGGAAUCCCAGAUGAGGUUCUGCAGAGCUUGUUGGACCACUACGCUCACAAGUCCGAUGUGACUUUCGACAUCACAGAUCCCCAUCAUGUGGAGCUCCAGUCACCCGCAACAGAUGUCACAGACCAGCUGGGACCCGAGGGCACCGGCUCAAGUCCCAACAGUGGAGACAAAGCUGUGAUCAUGAAUGAGUACUCGCGCUUUCUUUUACAGGCACUAGAGCGGACCAGUCACACCGCAAACUUCCCGUUGGGCCCGAUUCCCAUUUCUGCCGCCAAUAUCACUGGACCAUUUCCUGGACCUUGCCCAAUUCUCUCAGACAAACAUGUGUAUACUUCCUCACCUUUGGAGUACUCAUUCUCACAGCCUGUAUCCUCUUCACCCUCCCUCUCCUCUGUGCCAAAGUCUCACUUUGGUCUACUAGAGGGUUCAUCACCUCCACAGGGUUUCCACAUGAGCAGCUUGGAGCAGUCUGCACACACACAACAGCAGCUCACACCUUCCCAGGAGCUCACGGAACAGCUGGACAAACAGCACACCUCCCCGCCGCCACCUCAACAUACCCCCAACGCCAAUUCCUACCAGAUCACACCUCAGCCUCCUGACUUGGGCAGUCAGAAGGAUCCACAAGGGCCGAAAAACGGAGCCACAGCCACCACCGGAGGAUUCUCCCUGGCCACAUCGCAGGAUCUGGCAACCCUGGACCCAGCCAAGGCUCCUUAUCAGAUUGAAAACUUUGCCCAGGCUUUUGGGGUGCAGUUUAAAGGGGGACGAGUGCCCCUGCCAUUCAGCAGUGACUCGGGGGGAGAGGUUAAUCACAGUAUACAGACACCAGUCUCCGAAUUCUCAGGGUAUAGCAGUCUCUUGGCUGAUGCCAGUGACCCGGUCAGCACUGGCUCCAAAACCCCAACAAGCCAAAGCUACAGGUGAAUGGGCUUCUGUGCCUAGAUGCUCAGAUGGAGGUUCCCUGUUUUAGUUUUUUCACCAUGCUGUUUUAUUUUGUAUUAUUAUUAUUAUUAUUAUUAUUGUUAUUAUUAUUGAUGUUGUUAUUUAGUUCUCCUAUUUUAAUGAAAUUGUAAUGUUUUUAAGUAAAUCUUUUUUUUUUUUUUUUACUGCCAUUAUGUUCAUAUGAAAUCUCACCCCCCUUUUGGCCUGCAAUGCAUUUUCCAGAAUCAUGUUUCUUAUUUUUCUCAAAAGAGGAAACUCCUCAGUUUUAUCUUUAGUGGACUUUUAGGUCUGCUUUAAUUAGUAGAUGGGAAACAUUUUAAAGUGGGGAAAAAAAAAAAGAGUAUCAAUGGUCUUUUUUUUUUUUUUUUCUGUUUGCUUCUCUCCAAUAGUCAAAUUGACUCACAUUUUAGCUAUUGACUUCACAAGUGUGUAAAGAUAACUGUAAAAUAGCUAUGGCAGGGAGUGACCCAGAACUGAAAUUGUCUGUUACAAUGAUUAAAGUAUUACUCAGGAAAAUGUUUAGAUGGCAAAUCUGUCAGAAGAGUAGAAGGCAUUCAUUGAAGAGGCCGACAUUUUCAAUACAAAGAUGGUUUUGUUUUUCAGGAGAUAUUUUUUUAUUCUUCUGAAUGAGUGCAACCAUUAAAAGACAAAACUGCUGCCUGCUAAAUUACACUGAUACCACUUUCCACUUAGCUAUAUAGAGAUUACGGUUCUUUUGUCAAUGUGAAAUACUCACAUUCUCUUUCAUUAAGGGCCAUAUAUAUAUAUAUAUAUAUAUAUAUAUAUAUAUAUAUAUAUAUAUAUAAGAAUAUCUGUAUUUAAAAUAACAUGUAAUCUUUCUUGAGACUGGCAUGUGACUUGGAGGGGGAUAAAGAGGGACUGAGUUUGUGAAGGGAGGCCUGUUUUUUUUUGUCAACUCACCUCACCCUGUCCUUUUUUUUUUUAUCCUUGGAUUGCGACGCCAAGGGCUAUGCACUAGAGGGCAGUGCAUGCAAGCGUUUUAGUGCCUUUUGGCACAGGCCUGGUCAAGGGAUUGUUCUUUGCCUGUCUGGCUGAACCUCAUCCCUUUUUCCCUCUGUUCACUCCUCUCACUUCUUCCUCCAUCAGAAAAAAACCCAUCUAGCACUUUUUUGAUCCUGUUUAUUUUUCAUGGUGAAUAAAUCUACCCAGGCUGAUCACACAGAAUGUGAACUGUGUGUUAUUGGCAUGCUGUUUUCAAAAAGAGCAAUGUUUGUUCAGUGGGGAAGGGACACAGAUUAGGUGGGCAACUGAAAAGGGCCGGGAUUAAUUUUAGUAUGCGUAGUUUGUUGAACAGGCCAGUGGGAUGGUCUUUCUGAUGGCUUUAGUUUGAACGUGUUUGCUGAAAUGGAGGGUGGGCUUAAUUUCCUUGGGGUGGCAGUGUAGGGUAUCUUUUUAUAUUUUAUGCCCAGUUUCUCAUAAUGUAUGUAGGGCAGGUUACAGAGAGGGAAUUGGCUGGGAAUGGAAGGUUUUCCUUUGUUAUUUUCACCCCCAAUUUGGGAAAAUGUGAUGAAGUGUGUUGAAAUGCCCCUCAAAUGUAAUUACUGCAAUGAAGCCUGUCUUGCUCUCACAGAAAUUUACAUAGUAUUGGUCCUAAAAGUAAUGUCUGAACAGUCCAAAAAGUCAGCCAGCCAACUGAUUGCAGUGUGCAUGCAGAGCAAAGUAUUACCUUGAACUACAUUCUUUUAAGACAUUUUAUUUUGUACUGUGGAAGUAUUAUUGUAAUUUCUUUUUGAUCAAUCAAUAACUUUAAUUUAGCAUUGUCUUCCAUCAGCGCUGUUGGCCGCUGUCACACUGUCUUUGAAUUACUGCCACCUGUUGUUGUUCUUCAUAUGUUUUCAUUUGUACCCUUUACCUAUCGACCCUUCAAAGGAGAGAACCACAUGCUGGAUUGUUUGACCACAAUGAAGCAGUCUCAUAGGGAACAAAAACUGACCACUAGGACAAGAUCAGGAAGGUUGGGAAACUCCAUUCACAGUAGUAAUAAUAAUCACAUUUAUGAUGAAUCUGAUGACUUGACGAAAAACGAAAUCAUCACAACUGACGUCUUUUAUACCUCAUAUCAAUAAUGACUAGGAAGCAGGGAUAUAAGACAGUGAACUGUAUGUAGCAUAGCUGAUGUGGCUACCUAUUAAGAAAUGCCUCAAGUAUUCCCCCCACCAUUAAACUCAAUUUCUUCCCACCUCUGGGAUUUAAGUUUUUUCCCCUUCAAAGAUGGACUUCCAAAAAAACACAACUAAUUGAUUUUUGGAAUGCUGCCACUCAAUCCAUAAAGCACCACUGACAUGGAUAUUGAUGUCUGGGCCAUGCACAUAAUGCAUUUAUCAAAACAAAAAGGUUCUUGAAGGGGGUCAUUUUAAUGUUUCAAUAAAUAAAUGAAAUUCCAAAGAUCAGUUAUGACUGACUACACUUGUUCCAGUCUCAUUUAUUCACCCUCUUGUUGUUCCAAUCUCCUAUAACUUUCUUCCUUGGAAGGAAAUGUUAGGUCUCAGUCACCAUUCACUUGCAUAGUAUGCAAAAAAAAAAAAAAAAAAAUGAUGCUAUAUGAUAUGAGACUAACAUACUGCCUAACAUCUUUUUUUGGUCCUUGGUAGAAAAUAUCAUAAUUGGUUUGGAACAACACAAGGGUGAGUAAGGAAUGGCAGAAUUUUUCUUUUUGGGUUAACUAUCCCUUUAAGGGUAAUUUUUAUGAAAUAAGGUGUAAGCAGACAAUUGUUCUGCAUUUUACCAAUUCUCUGAAGUAAUGCUAAAUACUAGUUGAUGAUUGGAGAUCUGUUUUUAUUAUUAUUAUUAUUAUUAUUUGAUGUGGGGCACAUCUGGAAAAUGCUUUCUGGUUGAAGGUGUAAAGCCUAAUGAAGUGCAGUCCCCUCAGAAACACUGUUAAGUCUACAAUGAUAUCCUGUUUGGCUUGAAUAACGCCAGCCAUUAAUCUGUCAGUGGUUGUCACAAUAAGGUCCUCUCAAAUGCCAUUUUAUUUUUGCUUCUAGUUGUAUAUUUCUGAAAGUAUUUAUUUUGUUUACAUACAGUUAAUAACACUAAAAACUUUUCCUCCCCCCAUUUAUUUUGCAUGUAAAAUGUUGAUACUCUUUUCUUUUGCCCCCUUAUUUGUCACCAUGCCAAAUUUGUAGCUAAUGUUCUUUCUUUUUUCUCAUCUGUCUUAUUUUAUCGCAGAUUCUUGUGGUUUGAUUCACAGGGCUAUACCUGUCUGUUUUGACUUUAUUAUUGAUUAGGAAAAACAAUAAAAAUGUUGAUAUCAGUGUGUUGAAAAGAA